AUGUAUAUAACCGGGUACCGCCCUGGACAUCAAGCCAACGAAGCUCCAGCUUGGAAAGCCCAGCAGGUGUCCAAGAACUUCGUCAAUCGGCCUUGGAGACGUUACAUGGACGUGGAAAUAGAGGCCAUUAGGGUCGCGUGGUGGAUUACAUUGGUGAAAUGGACCACAGACUGGUGGGUGAAUGGUCGGACAGGAUUGGGGGCAAAGGGUGAGGACAUUCUUCAUCCGAUCAAAGCCAAGGAGAAGAGAGACACUGUUGGCUUGGGAAUAAAACUCAAGUCUUCCAAGGAUGGCAAAGCUCAUGUGCAGAAGAGACCAAUCAACUUGGAUGCUAGCAAAAGUCGGAAGAUGCAUGAUGAGGACAAGAAGAAGCACAAGAAGCUGUUGAAGCUGUUCUACAGGAACGACGACGUGGAGAAGUAUCUGGGACAGCUGCGCUAG